GUAUGGUUGUUGUAAACAAACAGCUCAAGCCCUCGCAGUCGUUAGGAAUAUCCUCGAUAAGGAAAAAAUUAACAUGAGUGAAGUAGAAAAAGCGAGCUACCAGCAGUAUUUUGACCGUUUCGCUACUGACGGUUUGCUGGACAAGGAGGGAUUUAAGAGAGUUUUGCAAUGUCUAGGGGCAGAUCCACCUCAGUGUGUCGUAGAUGAGAUUUUUGCUGAACACGAUAAAGAUGAAAAUUCUCAGUUAAGUCAGGACGAGUUUCACGAAUGGAUCCAAGACCGAAUCAAAUCCAAGCCUCAAAUGAGAGAUUCCCUGAUGGAGAGUCUGGAUAUUCUAUUUCCGGGACAGGAUGCCGUCAACAUCGACGAACUCCUGGAAAAGCUAUCCGAACUCGGCGAACAAUUCGACGAAACGGAGAGAACUUACGCACGCAUGAUGCUGACGCAAUUUGACAGCAAUAAAGAUGGUGCUAUUGCCAAAACAGAACUGAGGGACUGUUUCUACUCCGAUGACGAACAAAUUGAUGAUGGCAACCAGGAAGUGGAAGAAAAUAAUGAAGAAGAGGGGAACCAGGUAACAGCGGAGGAGGAGACACAGGAAACACAGGAAGUGACGGAGGAAAAACAGGAAGUAGGAGAAGAAAAGCAGGAGGAAACAGAGGAAAACCAGGAAGUGAUAGAAGAAAGCCAGGAAGUGACAGAGGAAAAUCAGGAAGUGAAGGAGGAAACUGAAGAAAAGGCAGAAGAAAAUCAGGAAGUGACAGAGGAGAAUCAGGAAGUGGUUGAGGAAAAGCAGGAGGAAACAGAGGAAAACCAGGAAGUGACAGAGGAAAAUCAAGAGGUACAAGAGGAAAAUCAAGAAGCAACAGAGGAAACUGAGGAAAAAACGGAGGAAAAUCAGGAAGUAACGGAGGAAACAACAGAAGAGGCAAAGGAAAGCACGGCGGAAACAGAAGACGGAAAUCAAACGGCAGUAGAAGAAAGUCAACAGGAAUCUCAAGAUGGAAACCAGGAAGCUACAGACAAUACAGAAGAAACAAAGGAAGAUUCUGGAAAUCAGGAAGGGGUUGAAUAGAGGAUGUUAUUCCGGUUUAAGUCUUUCUUUAAAAUGAUGUUCUACACAAAAUUAUAUGCAUUUACACAAUACGAACUUUAAUAUGAAAUGGUCAGUCAUCUUUUUUAAAAUUAUGUCGGAUUCAGUGAUAUUUUGAAAACCUUGACUUUCUUUUAAGUUUUCAUUUUGCUUUUGUAUACCAGGCAGGGUUUAAGAGAGAUGUACUUAGAUCUAUAAUUAAUACGGUUACCAUAGUGAAUGGUUUCUUAAUAUAUGGAAUACGGAAUAUUAAAAAGAUUGAAAACGAAUGCAAAACAACUUUAUACAACGAAUGUCACUAGAAUUCAUUAAAAAAAAUCAUGAAUAUAUGUUCUUAAUUUAAACAUAAGAUAUAAACUGUAUCAGAAAUAAAACUGAACAACUCAAAUGAAGGAAUGACGAUAACUCUAUCAGCUACUGGAGACAGUCAGUUCAAUCACUGCAUAGAUAAUGUGCUUCCAAACCUGAUUACUGAAUUUCUCUAAUCUAGUCUCUAUUUCCAUGGUGACUAUAAAUGUGAUAUUAGUUUGAGAGAAUUUUUGUACUUGUGUGAUUAGACACCCUGUGUCAAGUCUAUUCGUAUCUUAUCUAAUUGAAUCAUUGAUUAUCCGUUCUAAGAAAAUUAAUGAGUUAAUUACAGGUAAGCAAGAGGUUUUCCUUUGAAGGAAUUAAUUUCAUGUACAGGUGUAUAAUAUAUAAAUGCUAAUGCCUAAAUGUAAUACUUUUAUUGUUAUCUUAUAUAUGUAUCAUUUUUGGAGAAAUCUCGCUGUUUUGUCUUUUUAUUUAUGAAGAACCAAAGUUUUAUGUCAAUGCUUUAAAUAUACAUGUAUGUAUCGAUGUCAUUUAUAAUUUGUUGGUAAAAUAUGGCUGUGAUAAGUGAAACACAUGGCAGUUAGGCCUUCCAAGUUUUUUUUCUCUGUUUAGCGUCCACCCAUCUUUCAGAAACCUACCUACCUAAUGGCAAAAAACACACAAACCCAAAAAUAAAACAGACUUUAUAUACUUCAUACUCAUACUUUAUACUCAUAAAAAUGACGUUAUUCAAAGGAUUUUUUAAAAAAUCUAUUUUUUUUCAUAGAAAGAUCUAUUCUUCAGCAUAAUCAAGGUAUUAAAUGCAUACAAUAUUCCUAAUAUGGCAAGUUGUAAAAAAAUAUUUAGAGAAAUUGAAAAAAUUCAGUGAUUUCGACAAGAAUAUUCAAUUUCAGGACUCCUGAUUUUGUUUUUUUCUUCUUAUAUGGGGUGUCAAAAACCAAGGCGCACGCAGACGCUAAAAAUAAAAAAAACAAACAUGCAAUGGCCUUAUAUCUAAAUUGAUUACCUGCUUAUACUAGAGUCUUCAACUGAAUAUAGCUGAUUACAAACAUUUCACAAUUAAUUUUGACUGUUCCUGGCAAUUUUUUAUAACCUUAUUUAUAUACUACGUGUAUGUAUUUUGGAAAUAAUGAGAUGGAACUGAAAGAUGCAUAUAAACCUCUCAGAAUUAAAAGUGUAAUUUAAACCAAUAUCUACUUCAGAAUGGCACAACUUUUUCCUCCAGUCAGCUUUUGAGUAAAGUAUAGCUAGUGUCUAUUCUAAUUUCUGUAUUUCAAAAAUGAAUCUUUUUAAGUUUAUAAGGCAGAGUUAAUAGACUUUCAAUACCUUCUGAUUGAAAGCGAACUUUGAAAAUGUAAAUGUGUAAAAAUAUUGUUUUGAAAAAUUGUUUAGAGGAAAGAUUUUGAAUUGACAUUUGGUGCAAAAUUUAAAUGUACCUUCUUUUUGUUUUUUAGAUUAUUUAAUAAGAUGAAUGUAACACAUAAAUCACAUGCAGAACAAAUGAUUUGAAAUUCUUUAAUUCUAAUUUAAAUUUUAAAUUAGUACUUAGUACUUGC